AUGUCACAAUCCUAUCACCUUGGUUCGUCUUUUGCCCUGUUGCUGCCUAUUUGCAAAGCAAAUCAAAGCGUUUUCAAUUUAACAAUUACAUAUUUAUCUACAACAUUUCAAUUCACUUCUUUAAAUGUUAAAGAGAAUGUUUCGACAAAAAUAUCGGCAAAGGAUUUCCCAACACAAAAAAAGGGAUUUACUACUUGUGCCUUACUUUCUCAUGUCAUUGCUUUCCUUAGAGCUAGGCAAGAGAAAUGUGAUAAUGUUGACGUGAAGAAAAAGGAAGAAAGUGGGGAGGUGUGGGGGUGGGGAGCUAAAUUAGGCUUUACAUAUCUCCUUGAAGAGUGGGUGGAUGUGAAAGAAUCUCAUGAUCCACUCCCAUAA